AUGAUCAAUGCAACAGCGAUAAAGGAAUCUCUCAGUAACCUAACAGAAUUGCUUCAUUCUGAAAAAACUAGUUCUCACAAAACUCUAGAAAUGAUCAUCAUUGUGAUUUUGGCAGGAUUUUUAACUUUUGUAACAAUUGUCGGAAACCUUUUGGUCAUUAUUUCUAUCACAUUCAACAGACAUUUGCAGACUAUUAACAACUAUUUUAUUUUAAGUUUAGCCUUCUCUGAUUUGAUUGUAGCUGUAAUAUGCAUGAAUAUUUACACAGUUUACAAUUCAUUUGGCUACUGGCCAAUGGGCCCAGUGGUAUGUGAUUUAUGGCUUGCCUUCGACCAUGUUGUUAAUAAUGCAUCAUCCAUGAACCUCGUUGUCAUCAGCUUUGACCGGUACUUCUGUGUCAAAAAGCCGUUGAGUUAUCCUAUGAAAAGGACUCCUCAGAUGGCAAUAGUGAUGAUUGCCGCUGCUUGGGUGCUGCCAUUCAUCCUGUGGGCUCCUUCCAUUCUGUUAUGGCAGUUCAUUGUCGGGGAGCGGACAGUUCAUGAGGGUCAAUGUUACAUUCAAUUCCUUUCAAACCCAGUUGUCUCUCUAGCUAUUCUUAUAGUAGCUUUCUAUCUCCCUGCUUUCAUCAUGAUUGUCUUGUAUGUCUGCAUAUCCCAUGCCAGCAAGAGUCGAAUAAAGGACAACAGGGAAUACUCUGAAUCAUGCAAGAACACAUUACAUCCCAACUGCAUUCAGCAAAAGCCAACAAAACUAAUGAACAACGUCUUACCAAAAGUUUCCCAAUGGUUGCUGCAUAAAAAAAUUCUGAAAAGCAAACUUCCCAAUGAAGUAACAACAGACACUUUUGACCAAAGAGAGUUGGAAAUCGAUUCAAAUGAGAAAACUUCAGUUAGUUCAGUGGCAUCAAACCAAAUGAAGGAGGAAACAAUCCUCGAAAGCACAAAUAUUUCUACCAUAGAAAGCGAAUUGCGGGCAGACAACUCAAACCUUUCUUGUGUAAUGGUACUUAGCCAAUCACGCACUGCUAACGACUGCAGUACAGCAGAGACAAUGACAGAUUUCACAAGCAACAGCAGGAAUGAGAGAUAUAUUGAUGACGGCCAUCGUAUCAUGACUCCAAGCAAGACACACACUAAAAUAAAGAAAGUAGGUGUAUCCCGAGAGAAGAAGGUGACGAGGACCGUCAUGGCUAUUGUAUUAGCAUUUCUUAUUACAUGGACACCAUAUGUUUCCAUUCUUCUCGUUGACACCUUAUAUUCAGUCUCUAUCCCGAAUAUAGUCUGGAACUUAGGAUAUUGGCUGUGUUACACCAACAGUGCCAUCAAUCCGGUCUGUUAUGCACUUUGUAAUAACACAUUCAAAAAAACAUUCAAAUAUCUCCUGUUAUGCCAAUACAAGAAUUUCGUUACGGCAAGAUGA